AUGAAAUUUACUCAAGCCACUUUAUUUGCUAUCUUAGCUUCAUCAACUUUCGUUUCAGCUGCUCCAGCUAUUGUUUCAGAACAAACUAUGGUUAAAAGAGAAGAUAUUAAUGAUGUCUUAGCCAUUUUAAAAGAAAUUAAAUCUCAUCAAGCAAAAAGAGAAUAUUUAGAAGGUGAUGAAUUAAUUGAACAUGAUAAAAGAGCUGAUUCAAUUUUAGGUAAUUUAAUUACUGCUUUAGCUAAUUCAGGAAUCAUUAAUGAUGUUUGGAAUACUUUAACUACUAAUCAAGCUAUUGCAAGUACUUUACAAAAUAUUAUUCAAGCUGCUAUUCAAACUGCUGUUGUUCAAGGUCCAGCUUUAAUUGAAGCUGUUUGGAAUUCUGGAUUAUUAGGUAAUAUUUUUAGUAAAUUUUUAAAUGAUCCAGAUUUAAGAAAUGCAUUUUUAGAUGUUGCUAAAUCUAUUUUUGGUACUGCUGUUAACUUAAUUACUUCAUGGUUAUCAGGAUCAUCAUCAUCAGGUUCAGCUACUACUACAGCUGCUGCUCCAGCUGCUACUGCUAAAUCAAGAAGAGAAAUUAUUGAUGGUAGUGAAUAUUUAGAUAAAAGAGAUUUAGCUUCAAUUAUUCAAUGGAUUGUUCAAGAAAUUUCAGAUUCAGGAAUAGUUCAAUCAUUAGUUAAUAAAGUUAUUGCUGAUCCUCAAGCUUCAAUUAAUUUCUUAACUUCUGCAUUCAAAACUGGUUUAGUUGUUGCUGAAGAUGUUUAUGGAUGGGCUAAAUCAUCUGGAUUAUGGGAUUCAGCUUUACAAUAUAUUCAAGCAAAUGCUGGUACUUGGGCUGGUGCAAUUGCUUCAUUCUUAGGUAAUGCUUUAUCAAGUGGUCAAAUUUCAGCUUCAGAUAUUAAUAAUGCUUCUGGUUCAAUAUCAAGUGCUAUUACUGCUAGAUCAGUCACUGCUGCUGCUGCUCCAGCUGCUGCUGGUACUACUACAGCUCCAGUUGCUGCUGCUGCUGGUACCACUUCAAGAGCUACUACCACCGCUGCUGCUUCAGGUAAUACUGCUGCUGCUGUUGCUCCAGCUGCUAAUGGUAAUGCUUUAAGUUCAUUAGUCACUAAAUUUGGUUCAGCUACUACUUCAACUCCACAAGUUAACACAAACAAUUUAGCUAAUAAUGUAAAUCAAUUAAUAAAUGCUGCUAACUCAGCUGGUGCUUCAUUAAAAAACAAAAGAAGAAUGUAUUAA